AUGAUCGCCGUGCGACUCCGGCGCAAAACGGGCGGCUUGCUGCUGCUGAUUGCAGCCUUUGCGGCAGGCAGCUGCUUUGUGGCCCCAGCAGUACUGGAGCAGGACCAGGGCCAAUGGAAAGCCGUGGCCCUCUUCAAUGCCGCGUGCUGGGGGUCCUCCUACAUCUCCUCCCAGGCGGGCAUCGACGCCAUGUCCUCCGCCGGAGUGGAGGACGCCGCCAUCGUCUUCGGCGCCUGCCGCUUCGCCCUGGCGGCGCUGCCGUUGCUGCCCUGGAUCCUCAAGUCCAGCUGCUCCGAGAGCGCCCGAGGCAGCGCGCUGGUGGGCACCUUGUCGGCGGUGGCCUACGCGGCGGUCUUCGCCUCCAUCUCCCACGGCACCUCCGGCGCCAAGGCGGCCUUCAUCAUGGCCCUGCAGACCAUCAUCGUAGCCUUUUGCAGCUCUCUGGCGGCAAACCGCUUUCAGCUGGGCAGCAUCGCUUCAGCGGUGCUGGCGCUCUGCGGCAUCGGGCUCUUGGAGCUCGGUGGCGGCGCGGAGGCGGCCGGGAGCGCCAGCGAGGGGGACAUGCUCUGCAUGGCUGCGCCCCUGCUGAUGGGCCUCAGUUGGCACGUGCUGGGAAACCACAUGCGCCAGUACCCGCAGGAUGCCACGCCGGCCGUGGCCAUUCAGUUAGCCUGCUUCGCCUUCGUCUUCGUCUGCUGGACCGUGCUGGAGCAGAUGUCCCUGCACGGCCUGGAGGGCGUGGCGCUGCUGGCGCAUCGGGUGCCGCAGCUGCUGGAGGUGCCGAACCUGGUGCCCGCCUUGCUCUUCUCAGCCUUCCUGGGGAACACUGUCACCUACCUCCUGUGCAACUGCACCAUGAAGCACCUGAAGGCAGAUGAGGUGUCGCUGCUCUCGGCCUCCGAGCCGCUCUGGGCCGCGCUGGUGGCCUCGCUGAUGCUGCACCAAUCCUUGGCGCCCUCAGAGCUGAUGGGAGGUGCCCUGGUGGUGGCUGGCAUUGUAGCAGCCGAGCUUUGGUCUGAAUCGGAGCCGGAGAGCGGCACUCUCAAGAAUCUCAGCGCCGUGUGA